AUGGAGGAGAGAAAGAAUAAUGAAGGAGGCAAUAAGGGGAAACAACAAGUAACACAAAUAGAAAAGUGGCUAAGGAAACAUAAGUUAGAGUAUACUGCAGCUACUAGACAUCCUUUUAUUUAUUCAAUCCAUGAUGGUUCUAUCCAUUUCUCUUCUUACAAAAAAUGGCUGGAAAGGGAAUAUUUGUUUGUGAAAAUAGCUUUGGCACCAUUUGCAGCUAGUGUUUUGCUUAAAGCUUGGAAAGAGUCAGUUGAUAGCUCUGAUGUUGAACUCAUAUUGGCUGUUUUGGGCUAUUUGAAUGAUGAGAUUUGUUGGUUAAAAGAAGAAGCUCCCAAGUGGCACAUUUCAUUGACAAAUGAUGUUGUUGAUGACAACAAGCAUGUCCUUGAUUACUUUGGGUUUUUCGAACGUUUGACAAGCCCAGAAGUGAAGUAUUCAGAGGCAGUAACCAUUUUAUGGGCAGUGGAAUCAGUUUAUCACAAUGGUUUUGGACAUUGUUUAGAAGAAGGAAAUAACACUCCAAAUGAAAUGAAAGAGGGUUGUAAAAUAUGGGGCAGUGAGAAUUUCAAACAAUAUUGUCAAUCACUUGAAAACAUAGCUAAUACAAGGCUAGAAGAGGCAUCGAACGAACAAGUAUCAAAGACUGAAGUAUUAAUCCUUGAAUUUUUUGAGAAUGUUGUUCGUUUUUGGAAUAUGAACCUUGGUGAAACUUGA